GUCAUAAGCAUUUAGUUCGAAGGACACCUAUAUUAUUCGAACUCAUUCGUCAUCGACAUCGGCUAGUGAUCAAAACAUACGAAUAUCACGAUGGGAAAACAGGCACGAGAACGUCAACUGGAACUUGAAAAAAAAGUAUUGAUAUUAAUACAUCGCGAAAAAGAACUUCGAAUUAGUAAAGAUCAUCAGACUUUGGCACAUUUGAAGCAUAAAUGUCAACUCCUAACGCGACUGAACGAAUUACGUCAAGAAGAAUGCGAAUUGUUGAAAGAGAAAUUCAAUUUGGCAUUAACACUGAAAGUUGAAACUGCAGUUCAGUCACGUCUAAAGCAAAUUAAAGAGGAGCAGCAAACCGUCGUCAACACCGAAGGGGAUAUCGUUAAAGACGACGUAGAAUUCGCAGAAGCUCGGAAUACUUCUUGCCAAGACAUUACCGAAAAAAUGCAACGAAUUGACAGGGAACUAAGUUGUGGAAUCUGUUCGGAAUUGAUCGUUUUCGCUACAUCGUUAAAUUGCAUGCAUACAUUCUGCCAGUACUGCGUUACCCAAUGGAAAAGCUUUGAAAAAAACCGAGCAACCAUCAUCGGCUGCCCUGUUUGUCGAGAACCGAUAGUUUCUGAAAAAAGAAACUUUUGCAUUGACAACAUUGUUGGCAUCAUGAUCGAUUUCUGCUCCGACGAGGAGAAGAAUAAUAGGAAAGAAUUAGUAAGGCAACACCAGGAACUUACCCGAAAUCUCUUAUCGGGAUUACGUCAACCAGGAACACCGAAUCCAUUUUAUCAGAUAACUAACCGCAAUGUUUUCAUGGGAGAAAUGCAAGUCGAAGAUUUACCAACACUUCCUUCCAUUAGUUUACAAAAUGUUCCUCGUCGUCGGUUGCCUUCAGCAACUUCGUCUCGUCCUGCGAUUGUUCGUCGGCUUCAAAUGCCUGCGAGACCACGCUGGCGUUGAUUCUCAAGUCAAGUAUAUAUUUUUCUUUUAUUUCCCUCGAAUUAUUCGCUCGUUGCUAUUUUUUAAUUGUGGAAAUUAAUGUGUGUUUAAUCUAUCUUUAAAUUUUACCCAAAAUUCAAAAAGCAAAAUUUUAAACAUUGAUUUAGAAAUACAAAUAUUAAAGUAAAAUAAAA